AUGUCGCGGAGGAAGCAAGCGAAGCCUCAACAUUUCCAAUCCGACCCCGAAGUGGCCUCGCUCCCCCGGCGAGAUGGAGACACAGAGAAGGGCCAACCCAACCGCACCACUAAGAGCAAGGAUGCUCACGUCUGCGGCCGGUGCUGCGCCGAGUUCUUCGAAUUGUCAGAUCUUCUGCUCCACAAGAAGAACUGUACUAAAAAUCAAUUAGUUCUCAUCGUAAAUGAAAGUCCAGCCUCCCCACCUGAAACCUUCUCAAGCCCCAGCCCCCCUCCCGAUCAUCCCCAGGAACAAAUGAAUGACACGUCUAACAAAACAGAGCAAGCAGAGUGCAGCGACCUGGCGGAAGCCCAGGCACCGGACAGGGACGAGUCCAUGGAGGUGGAGGCCCCGGCAGCCCCCAAAGGCACCAGUGGGCCCCUGAGCGGCGGUGGCGACAGCAGCGCCCCCACUAGCUGCAGCAGCAGCAGCUCCGGCGCAGGUACCUCAGCGAUCACAACCUCUCUACCUCAACUCGGGGACCUGACAACACUGGGCAACUUCUCCGUGAUCAACAGCAACGUCAUCAUCGAGAACCUCCAGAGCACCAAGGUGGCGGUGGCCCAGUUCUCCCAGGAAGCGAGGUGCAGUGGGGCCUCGGGGGGCAAGCUGGCCGUCCCGGCCCUGAUGGAGCAGCUCUUAGCUCUGCAGCAGCAGCAAAUCCACCAGCUGCAGCUGAUCGAGCAGAUUCGUCACCAAAUAUUGCUGCUGGCUUCUCAGAACGCAGACCUGCCAACCUCUUCCAGCCCUUCUCCAGGUACUUUACGAACAUCUGCCAACCCCUUGUCCACCCUCAGUUCCCAUUUAUCUCAGCAGCUGGCUGCGGCAGCUGGGUUAGCACAGAGCCUCGCGAGCCAAUCUGCCAGCAUCAGCGGUGUGAAACAGCUCCCCCCCAUCCAGCUACCUCAGAGCAGUUCCGGCAACACCAUCGCCCCCCCACACAGCGGCUCUUCCCCCAACGUUCACAUACUGGCGGCGGCAGUUCCCACCCCAUCCUCGGAAAAAGGGGCUUCGAGCGCGGGCGCCUCCCACACCAGCAACCCCGCGGCCUCUGCCUCAUCCUCACCAGCUUUUGCAAUAAGCAGUCUGUUGAGUCCUGCAUCUAAUCCACUUCUACCUCAGCCGGCCCCCGCUAACUCGGUUUUCCCCAGCCCUUUGCCCAACAUUGGAACGACAGCGGAGGAUUUAAACCCCUUGUCCGCCUUGGCCCAGCAAAGAAAAAGCAAGCCACCAAAUGUCACCGCCUUCGAAGCCAAGAGCGCUUCGGACGAGGCGUUCUUCAAACACAAGUGCAGGUUCUGUGCAAAGGUCUUCGGAAGCGACAGUGCCUUGCAGAUCCACCUUCGUUCCCACACCGGAGAGAGGCCAUUCAAGUGCAACAUCUGCGGGAACAGGUUCUCCACCAAGGGGAACCUCAAAGUCCACUUUCAGCGCCACAAAGAGAAGUACCCUCAUAUCCAGAUGAACCCCUACCCUGUGCCUGAGCAUUUGGACAACAUACCCACCAGUACCGGCAUCCCCUACGGCAUGUCCAUCCCUCCAGAAAAGCCGGUCACCAGCUGGCUAGACACCAAACCCGUCCUGCCCACCCUGACCACUUCUGUCGGCCUGCCAUUGCCCCCCACCCUCCCGAACCUCACCCCCUUCAUCAAGACCGAAGAGCCAGCCCCCAUCCCCAUCAGCCAUUCUGCCGCCAGCCCCCCGGGCUCCGUCACAAGCGACUCCGGGGCACCCGAGCCGGCCGUGAGAAACCCAGGUGGGCUCCCGGAGGAAGCGGAAGGCCCCACUGCGCCCCCUUCCGGCGGCAAAAGCGAAGAGAGCGGUAUGGUCCCCAGCUCGGCCCCAGCCCUGAACGCCGGCGUGCUGAGCUCCCUAGCGUCUGACGGCGGUCCGGGCAGCGCCUCGACUUUCACCAACCCUCUGUUGCCGCUCAUGUCGGAGCAGUUCAAGGCGAAGUUUCCUUUUGGGGGACUCUUGGACUCAGCCCAGGCCUCAGAGACAUCCAAGCUUCAGCAACUGGUCGAAAACAUUGACAAGAAGGCCACUGACCCCAAUGAGUGCAUCAUCUGCCACCGGGUCCUCAGCUGUCAGAGCGCCUUGAAGAUGCACUACCGCACCCACACUGGGGAGAGGCCCUUCAAGUGUAAGAUCUGCGGCCGGGCUUUCACCACGAAAGGGAACCUGAAGACCCACUAUAGCGUCCAUCGAGCUAUGCCCCCGCUCAGAGUCCAGCAUUCCUGUCCCAUCUGCCAGAAAAAGUUCACGAACGCCGUGGUCCUACAGCAGCACAUCCGAAUGCACAUGGGGGGCCAGAUCCCCAACACCCCGGUCCCUGACAGCUACCCCGAGUCCAUGGAGUCCGACACGGGCUCCUUUGAUGAGAAAAAUUUUGAUGACCUAGACACCUUCUCCGAUGAAAACAUGGAAGACUGUCCCGAGGGCAGCAUCCCGGACACGCCCAAGUCCGCAGACGCCUCCCAAGACAGCCUGUCUUCCUCGCCUUUGCCUCUAGAGAUGUCGAGCAUCGCCGCUUUGGAAAAUCAGAUGAAGAUGAUCAACGCCGGCCUGGCAGAGCAGCUGCAGGCCAGCCUGAAGUCAGUGGAGAACGGGUCAGUCGAGGGGGACGUCUUGACCAACGAUUCGUCCUCAGUGGGUGGGGACAUGGAGAGCCAAAGUGCAGGCAGCCCGGCCAUCUCAGAGUCUACCUCCUCCAUGCAGGCUCUGUCCCCAUCCAACAGCACCCAGGAAUUCCACAAGUCACCCAGCGCCGAGGAGAAGCCGCAGAGAGCAGGGGCAAGUGAGUUUGCCAACGGUUUGUCUCCCGCCCCAGUGAAUGGUGGGGCUCUGGAUUUGACAUCUAGUCACACAGAGAAAAUCAUCAAAGAAGAUUCUUUGGGAAUCCUCUUUCCUUUCAGAGACCGGGGUAAAUUUAAAAACACUGCUUGCGACAUUUGUGGCAAAACCUUUGCUUGUCAGAGUGCCUUGGACAUUCACUACAGAAGUCAUACCAAAGAGAGACCAUUUAUUUGCACAGUCUGCAAUCGUGGCUUUUCCACCAAGGGUAAUUUGAAGCAACACAUGUUGACACAUCAGAUGCGGGAUCUACCAUCACAGCUCUUUGAGCCCAGUUCCAACCUUGGCCCCAAUCAGAACUCGGCGGUGAUUCCCGCCAACUCGUUGGCGUCUCUCAUCAAGACAGAGGUCAACGGCUUCGUGCAUGUGACUCCUCAGGACAGUAAGGACACCCCCGCCAGUCACGUCCCUUCUGGGCCUCUGUCAUCCUCUGCCACGUCCCCAGUUCUGCUCCCAGCUCUGCCCAGGAGAACCCCCAAACAGCACUACUGCAACACAUGUGGUAAGACCUUCUCCUCGUCGAGUGCCCUGCAGAUUCACGAGAGAACUCACACUGGAGAGAAACCCUUUGCUUGCACUAUUUGUGGAAGAGCUUUCACAACAAAAGGCAAUCUUAAGGUACACAUGGGCACUCACAUGUGGAAUAGCACCCCCGCCCGCCGGGGUCGCCGGCUCUCUGUGGAUGGCCCUAUGACAUUUCUAGGAGGCAAUCCCGUCAAGUUCCCAGAAAUGUUCCAGAAGGAUUUGGCGGCCAGGUCAGGAAGUGGGGAUCCUUCCAGUUUCUGGAAUCAGUACGCAGCCGCGCUUUCCAACGGGCUGGCGAUGAAGGCCAACGAGAUCUCCGUCAUUCAGAAUGGGGGCAUUCCUCCAAUUCCUGGAAGCCUGGGCAGCGGAAGCAGCUCACCUAUUAGUGGGCUGACGGGAAACCUGGAGAAGCUCCAGAACUCAGAGCCCAGCGCACCCCUGGCUGGCCUGGAGAAGAUGGCAAGCAGUGAGAAUGGAACCAACUUCCGUUUCACCCGCUUCGUGGAAGACAGCAAAGAGAUCGUCACAAGUUAA